ACCAGUAUCUGCAGAGGCACUGGCCGGCUGGGUGACUCCAGCUCUCUUUAGGUUCCUAAGCAUUUGCAGCCGUUUGCAUCCAGCCUGGAGUGAGUGUGCGUGCGCGCAGACUCGGGCGGCAGCUGGGUCGACACAGACCUAGAGAUUUGAAGAGGAGUGUGUGCGAGUGGUGUAGUGUGUGUGCCCGCUGCCGGCUCUCUCACCCAUCGCCAUGAUCCUGCCAUACCUCUUGGUGCUGGGAAAACUGAACGAAGUCAUGACAACAAUCCCUAUCGCACAGAAUUCUCAUUGUCCCGUUGGAUUUUUCCCCUGCGGGAAUAUCUCGUUGUGUCUGCCACAGUCCUUGCAUUGCAAUAAAGUUCAAGAUUGUGAAAAUGGAGCUGAUGAGGAAGACUGCGAUGAUAAUUCUGGUUUGGCAAACAUGUUUGAAACCUUUUUUACGCCAACUCACAUUGAAUUAUCAGAGGAUUGCUUACUUCAGCAUUUCCCGCAGAAGUGUGAUUGUCGAGGAACAGAAAUGGAAUGUGAUUAUAAGAACCUGAAUAAUGUGCCACAGGUUUCGGGGAAUGUGACAAUGCUGUCUCUGAAGAGCAAUAAAAUCAAAAGCCUACCCGCUGAUGCUUUCCUCACCUACUGUGACCUGCAGGAAUUAUACCUGCAGGAUAACCAAAUCCAAUCUAUCUCAAAAACUGCAUUUUGUGGACUUUACAAUCUCAGACGAUUGUACAUCAGUCACAAUCAUAUCACUUCAUUGAAGCCAAGACUAUUUCAAGACCUUCAUAACCUCGAAAUUCUAUUCCUUGAUGACAACUUAAUAUCAAGAAUCUCACCACGGUUAUUUAUUGGACUGAAAUCUCUGUGUAUUUUGUCAAUGGUAAACAAUUUAUUGGAAAACCUACCAAAGAGACCAAUAUGUGCUGAAAUCCCCGAAGUUUACUGGAUGGACUUUGACAGUAAUCGAAUCAAGUCAUUGAAUUAUUCAACCUUUGUGAAAUGUGAUAAGCUGGCUGUGCUGUACAUUCAGAGGAAUGAAAUUACUACUAUUUCCGAAAAGGCAUUUGCUCCAUUACAUAGUUUGAUAGAACUGGAGUUGUCAUCUAACAAGAUUCAGGAACUCCCCAAACAUCUAUUCAAAAAUAUUAAAUUACUGAUAAAAUUGAAUAUAUCUGACAAUCCCAUUAAUUUUGUACAUCCUGAACAGUUUGAAAAUCUCCAACAACUUCAAUCUCUUGGUAUUGAAGGAAUAGAAAUUGCAAACAUAGAAAGCAGAAUGUUUAAUCCAAUGACAAAUUUAGAACAUAUAUAUUUUCAUAAAUUUCAGUACUGUGCGUAUUCUCCUCAUGUACGGAGUUGUAAACCAAACACAGACGGAAUAUCUUCCUUUGAAGAUCUACUAGCCAACAUCAUACUUCGAGUUUUUGUCUGGAUCAUAGCUUGUCUCACAUGUUUUGGAAACCUGUUUGUCAUUUUCAUGAGGUCACUUAUUCGAGCUGAAAAUAAGCUUCAUGCUAUGUCCAUAAAAAUUUUAUGCUGUGCUGAUUGCCUGAUGGGAGUAUAUCUAUUCUUCGUUGGGAUCUUCGAUGUCAAGUAUCGUGGGGAGUACAACAAACAUGCACAUCGAUGGAUGGAGAGUGUCCAGUGCCGAAUGAUAGGAUUUUUGGCCAUGCUCUCCACAGAAGUUUCAGUUUUGCUAUUGACAUACCUGAGUCUGGAGAAGUAUGUUGUCAUUGUCUUCCCAUUCAGUAACAUCAAACCAGGAAAGCAACAGACUUUGAUAAUAUUAACUACCAUUUGGCUUAUUGGAUUUAUUAUCGCUAUAAUUCCACUCUGGAAUGAAGAUACUUUUGGAAAUUACUAUGGAAGAAAUGGAGUUUGCUUUCCUCUUUAUGCAGACCAAAUUGAAACGGAUGCUGCAAAAGGCUAUUCGAUUGGCAUAUUCCUUGGUUUGAAUCUGAUUGCCUUCAUCAUAAUUGUCUUCUCUUACUUCAGCAUGUUUUAUUCUAUUCACAAAACUGGAAUCCAGACACCUGAAAUAAAAAGGCGCAUUCGAAGUGAAGUUGCAUUGGCUUACAGAUUUUUCUUCAUAGUGCUUUCUAAUGCCUUCUGCUGGAUCCCAAUUUUUCUCUUGCAAGUACUUUCACUGAUUCAGGUGGAGAUUCCAGGAGCAAUUACAUCAUGGGUGGUUAUAUUUAUACUUCCAAUAAACAGUGCCUUGAACCCAAUUCUCCAUACGCUCACAACCACUUUCUUCAGAGAAAAGAUGAAACUAUUUAUUUGCAAGCAUUCAAGUAAAGGAAAGAGCACAUGGACAGAGAGCUCUUCAAAACAGUCAACAUCAUCAGUUAAAUUUAGCUUUUUAAGAAGGAUAUCUGCUUUAGAAAACAUACUGACUUCAAGACAUCACUGACACGUUGGAACAUUCUUACCACUGAUUGUCGAAGUAUCGUUUACAAUGAAAGCAGGAGCUGUUGUUUGCCUUUGUUCUGAUAGCGUGCCUCAAAAAUUGUACAGUUUGAAGGAGGAAAAAGACUCUGGAAAUAACGUUACAGUUAUUGCCUGAAAAAGAAUUUGUGAAGCUUUAAAGACAACAUUGUUGUUUAGUAUUGCCACCUUCGGGAUAAAGAAAGUUCUACAGAGGAAGCAAGCAAAAAUGAAAAUAGUAAUUAACAAAAUUAAUGUUAAAUUUAAUUUUACUGUGCUUUGUUAUUUUAUGAAUUUCUUGUAGUGAAAAAGAAUGGGAAACCAAUGCCAAUUAUUCAAUUGUGAUAUGUUGCACCAGGUAAAUUGUUCAUUUAAAUGCUAUCAACAACUCUUAGACAUUACAGUCAACUAACUAUCUUUAGUUUCUUAACACAGAAAUAAAAGUCAGUAUUAAUACAGAAUAAAGUUUUUUGAAUGGAGACACAAAGAAUAGCAGAUGCUUGCAUCUUGUGCAAAAUCAAAGUGCUGGAGGAACUCAGCAUAAUAGACAGCAUCUGUGGAGGUAAUGAAAGCUUUCUGAACUGAACACAAAGUGCUGGAGUAAGUCGGCAGGUCAGGAGUGCUGGAAUGUGUGGAGUCACUCCACCACUUAUGAUCUAUGCAAGAUUCCAGUAUCUGCAGUUCCCUGUGUCUACAAAACGUUCUGAAUGUCUGGUAUAACCUUGUUGUAACAUUGGCCUCAAAUUAAUUGCCAAAGUAAAUAUUUACUUUAAAUAUUUUAUUUCAUCAAACCUUUUGCUUUUUUUGAAAUUAUUUCCCUAAGCUUUCCUAUUCUCUUUCUUAUAUUUACUUUUUCUACUCUUUUAUUUCUAAUAAACAUAUUAGUACAUUUUUUAUUCUUAAAGAAUGAUUUAAAUGGCUGCCUUUUUUUGUUUUCUUUGUUGUAUGGACUUGUUUUUUCUACAUGAUACACAUGAGAAAAGUUAAUGUUGGAUUGGAUGCAAAAUAUUUCCCAUUCAGCUUUAUUAGCCAUUUAAGGCAUUGAAGAUUUGUGCUUAAAAGUCCCAGAUUAUAAAUCAUAAACAUACACCAAAUUAUUUCAGCAAGUAACCUAAUGGUUGAAAAUAAUGGACAAUUUAGCUUAGAGUUUAGAGAUAUCGUGCAAAAUAAGGUCAUUCGGCCCACUGAGGCCAUGCCGACCAGCAAACACAUUAACACUAUCCUACACACACUAAGGACAAUUUACUAUUUUACCGAAGUCAAUUAACCAUAUAACCAUAUAACCAUAUAACAAUUACAGCACAGAAACAGGCCAUCUCGGCCCUUCAAGUCCGUGCCAAACACUUAUUUUCCCCUAGUCCCAUCUACCUGCACUCAGACCAUAACCCUCCAUUCCUUUCCCGUCCAUAUACCUAUCCAAUUUAUUUUUAAAUGAUAAAAUCGAACCUGCCUCCACCACUUCCACUGGAAGCUCAUUCCACACAGCUACCACUCUCUGAGUAAAGAAGUUCCCCCUCAUGUUACCCCUAAACUUAUGCCCCUUAAUUCUCAAGUCAUGUCCUCUUGUUUGAAUCUUCCCUACUCUCAGUGGGAAAAGCUUAUCCACGUCAACUCUGUCUAUCCCUCUCAUCAUUUUAGAGACCUCCAUCAAGUCCCCCCUUAACCUUCUGCACUCCAAAGAAUAAAGACCUAACUUGUUCAACCUUUCUCUGUAACGUAGUUGCUGAAACCCAGGCAACAUUCUAGUAAAUCUCCUCUGUACCCUCUCUAUUUUGUUGACAUCCUUCCUAUAAUUAGGCAACCAAAAUUGUACACCAUAGUCCAGAAUUGGCCUCACCAAUGUCUUGUACAAUUUUAACAUUACUUCCCAACUUCUAUACUCAAUUAACCUGCAUGUCUUUGGAGUGUGGGAAGAAACUGGAGACCCCGGUGAAAACCAAUACAGGUCACGGGGAGAACACACAAACUCCAUACGGACAGCACCCGUAAUGAGGAUCGAACCGGGGUCUCUGGAGCUGUCAGGCAGCAGCUCUACUGCUGUGCCACCAUGCCCUGCAAUUUUAUUGCAAGGGUCUUUUUUCAAAAAGCUGCAAAGGAUGAUAAUGCUAUAAGCAGCCAGAGUGAUGAUUCCCUUGUCAAUUAAAUGUGGUGAGAGAUUGAGAUUGAUUUUAUGUACAUAAUAUAUCUGUUACUACAUUUAAUUUACUACAUUUGCUUGCAAAGUUGCCCUGCUUUUACUGAGAGAAGGUGCUGUUGUUUGUUUCCUCAGGUCUUUAAACGGAUUGUAUUUGAGGUAAAAUGAGUUUGUUUUCUGCACAAUAGAUUGUUUGUGACGAUGCAUACUCCCUGGUCACUCAAGUUCUUUGACUGACCCAUUGCUGGCAAAAAAGACUUAGUU